AUGUUGCUGGAAACCUCAAUUUCAGAUUUCAGGUUAAGUGCUUUAUCAGACCAAGUGAAGGAUGAUGGAUUGCUGCAUACUCCAUGUGAAACACCAAAGUAUGUUGCUCCAGAGGUGAUCCUUGCUGACCUUUGGUCUUGUGGGGUGAUCCUUUUUGUGCUGCUCGCAGGAUGUCUGCUUUUCGAGGAUGACAACACGGCUUCCCUUUAUAAAAAGAUCUCAGGAGCUCAGUUUACUUGUCCAUCUUGGUUUUCUGCUGGAGCAAAGAGGCUAAUCGACAGAAUUCUGGAUCGGUGGAUCCUAAUGAUUCCACUCGGAUUACAACUCCUCAAGUACAAAACGAUCCAUGGUUUAAAAAAAGGUUACAAGCAACCUAUUUUCGAUAAAACAUGUCAAGCUAGUCUAGAUGAUGUUGAUGCUGCCUUUGGGGACUCAGAGGAACAUCAUAUGAUAGAGGAAAUGGAAGGGCAACCAGCCCCGAUGAAUGCAUUGAAUUUAUUUCAAUGA